AUGGUGUGGUUUCAGUGCGACGACUGUGGAGACAACCUCAAGAAACCCAAGCUCGCUAAUCAUUUCAGACAAUGCUCUGCUUUCAAGCUAACUCGUCUCUGCUUAUGCAUGACUGUGAUUUUUCAGAGUGCAUCGAUUGUGGCCAGGUAUUUGGGCAGCAAGACGUUGAAUGCCACACUCAGUGCAUUACUGAAGCGAUUUUUGCUGCUUUCUUGUGAUGAAAAAUAUGGUCCGAAGGGUCAGACAAAGGCUUCGAAUGGAACAAAUACUAAGACCAUGAAUGAUGCAAAGCCGAAACCAGAGGUCGACAUAAAUGUCGGAUUGUCUGAACGGCCUCCGUGGUUCUGUAGUGUAACAGGGGAAGAAGAGGAACUGAAGUCCAAGGAUGUUGCCAAGACGACUAUAAAGUGGAAAAAGCUGAUUACUUCUGCUUUGAAAUCCAAUGAAGAUGGUGCAAUGAAAUUCAAGAAGCUUAAGAAAUUUGUCAUGAAGUCUUUGAAAGAAUCUGGCCACACUGAAGACAAGAAGCAAGUAUUCGAAUUUCUUGAGGAGAAGGUUCCUUCUAACUCCAUCUUUCUACACUGUUAUAAUGUUGAGCAGAUAAAUUCAAGCUCGAGAUUUGUUGUCGAUGGCAAAUAUGUUCGGUUAGUUGCAACAAACUAA